AUGGAUAUCACUUCGGGAAAGGCCCCUAAGAAUGAGAUCGCACCGGAGACGAAGGCCGUUGAAGACGGCCCUCGCCGUGCAGAUGGUGUCACUCAAUUGUACGAAGGGAACAUUUUCGAUACAACGCCCGAAGAUCGCCGCCAGAUCGGCGUUGUCAGUGCAUCCUUUUUGAUCUUCAACCGAGUCAUUGGGACCGGUAUCUUCGCCACCCCCAGCACGAUUCUGUCGUUGUCUGGAAGCGUUGGCCUCUCUCUGUUCAUGUGGGUGGCUGGUACUUUGAUUGCUGUUGCCGGUACCGCCGUCUACCUGGAAUGGGGCACUGCGAUCCCCAAAAACGGUGGUGAGAAGAACUAUCUCGAGUAUGUGUACAAGAAGCCAAAGUUCCUGGCCACGGCAAUGUUCGCGGCCUACGCCGUCCUGCUCGGAUGGGCUGCGAGCAACAGUGUCGUCUUUGGACAGUACAUCCUCAACGCGGCAGACGUGGAGGUCGACCGAUGGAACCAGCGUGGAAUUGGACUGGCGUGUGUAACUGCCGCGUUCUUGAUCCACGGGUUUGCAUUGAAAUGGGGUCUACGCCUUCAAAACCUUCUUGGGGUUGUCAAGCUUGUCAUCAUUGUCUUCAUCGUCGUUACCGGCUGGGUGGCUUUGGCUGGUCAUACUAAGAUUGAGACUCCUCACAACUUCACCAAUGCCUUCGAGGGAACCACUGGAAGCGGAUAUGGAGUCGUCAUGGCACUGUACAAUGUCAUCUGGUCCUUUAUUGGCUACUCCAAUGCCAACUACGCCCUGAGCGAGACCAAGAACCCCACGCGUACUCUGAAGAUCGCUGCCCCUAUGGCGAUUGGGUCUGUCGGUAUCCUCUACAUGCUCUGCAACGUCGCCUACUUCGCAGCUGUCCCCAAGGACCAGAUGCUCGAGUCAGGCCAGAUCGUGGCCGCGGUCUUCUUUGGAAACAUGUUCGGGGCUCGCGCAGAGAAAGUCAUGUCUGUCUUCGUGGCUUUAUCAGCCUUUGGAAAUGUCCUAUCCGUCAUUUUCUCCCAAGGUCGAAUCGUCCAAGAACUCGGCCGCGAAGGUGUUCUCCCCCUCUCAAAGCUCUGGGCUAGCAACAAGCCUUUCAAGUCCCCUGCUGCCGGCCUCUUUGAGCACUGGGUCGUUUCAGUCAUCAUAAUGCUCGCCCCUCCACCGGGCGAUGCCUACAACUUCCUCGUCAACCUAAUUUCCUACCCACUCGCCAUCGUCAACUUCUUCGUCUCCCUGGGCCUCAUCUACAUCUACCUUACAAAAGACAAAAACUUCCCGGACUGGUCCCCCGGCAUCCGCGCAACCCUCCCGGUAACCAUUUUCUUCUGCCUCUCAAACUUAUAUCUCGUGAUUGCUCCCUAUAUCCCGCCGACGGAGGACCAGAACGUCUAUGAGCAGCUGCCUUACUACCUACACUGCGUGGUGGCAUUAGGGAUAUUUGGCGCGGGCGCUAUAUAUUAUCUUAUUUGGGCUGUUGCAAUGCCGAGACUCGGGGGGUAUGUUCUGGUUAAAGAGACGGUUGUGGAUGCGGACGGGUGGUCGAGGAGUGUUUUUACCAAGUUGCCCACUGCGAGGGUUAAGGCGCAGCAGCGUGGCCCUGCGGUGGAUUUUUAG